AUGGGUGAGCAGAACCAGGUGAACAAUGAAGCAGAUUCUGGUGUGCUCGUGCACGACCUCGUCUGCUCGGAGGAGCCGCAAUCGCAGGAGAUUGGCCCGCUUGCCAACAUCAACGCGAGAGUCAGAUGUGACUCAGGCGAGGGUGUGACCACGUUGGCGAAAUCCAGCUCAGCACCGGACAUGAAAUCAACAAUCCGCAGAACGCAGACAUGUCUGAAGAGGAGUCCGUUUGUCGAGCCCCUGCCUUGGGCAAAGCCGGUCACUGACAAGUGGGGCUUCCCGAAGCCUCCUGCCAGCUCUCCUCCAGCGGAGCCCUGGAACUGGAGGCACCAUCUCCUGGGGAUGAGCAACGAUGACGUUCCAAAGGGCCGCCGGACUUACUUCUCGAAGCCUGAAUCCCUUGCAGAGUUGAAGGAGGCAUUGCGAAGCAAUCCUUCGAUCAAGAAUGCUGAAGGCAUUCUUCAGAGACUUGAGCUAGGCGAUCUUCCUCAGCGUCCCAGGUCAUUUAUCACGGCAGAUGCUGGCGCUCCGGUUUGCCCACAGAGACAUGUGUUUGGUGGCACAAUGUUGGAUCGCGAUGGAAUGGGACGAACCUGGAACAGCCGCUGGCAUGCAGGCAUUGCAAUGAUAAACGAGCACUGCCAUCCGGACCACCGGACAUACUUCACACAGCGCUCGUGUUUCGAGCGAUCUCCAUCGCAACAAUAUAGACGUUUCCUACAUCAGGAGCGAAAACCCGGCGAGUGGGUUUCAAUCGACCAGAGGAGGCCUGCACGGUUUCCUCCUUUGGGUGGCCUUCUGACUGGUCGUUCUGGAGCACCAAUUCCCGGAGCAAUGCCAUAG